GCGCCGACGGGUGCGCGCCGCGGCUUGGGGGAGAGAGUUGAGCGCUUUUUCCCCCCUCUUUUUUUUUUCUUUCUUUUUUUUUUUCUCCUCUUCUUCUUAAACAAACCACAAACGGAUGUGAGGGAAGGAAGGUGUUUCUUUUACUCCUGAGUCCAGACACCUCUUUCUUGUUCCGUCUAAGCUUGUUUGGCUGAACACUUUUUUUUUUUUAAUUGAGAAAAAGAAAAAAAAAAGGAAAAGAAAAAGGAGUUGCUUGAUGUGAGAGUGAAAUGGACGUAAGAUUUUAUCCACCUCCAGCCCAGCCCGCUGCUGCGCCCGACGCUCCCUGUCUGGGACCUUCUCCCUGCCUGGACCCCUACUAUUGCAACAAGUUUGACGGUGAGAACAUGUAUAUGAGCAUGACAGAGCCGAGCCAGGACUAUGUGCCAGCCAGCCAGUCCUACCCUGGUCCGAGCCUGGAAAGUGAAGACUUUAACAUUCCACCCAUCACUCCUCCUUCCCUUCCUGACCACUCGCUGGUGCACCUGAAUGAAGUUGAACCUGGUUAUCACUCUCUGUGUCAUCCUAUGAACCAUAAUGGCCUGCUACCAUUUCAUCCUCAAAAUAUGGACCUACCGGAAAUCACCGUCUCCAACAUGCUGGGGCAAGAUGGAACUCUGCUUUCUAACUCCAUUUCUGUGAUGCAAGAGAUAAGGAACCCAGAAGGGGCCCAAUAUAGUUCCCAUCCUCAGAUGGCAGCUAUGAGACAGAGGGGUCAGCCUGCGGACAUCAGACAGCAGCCAGGAAUGAUGACGCAUGGCCAGUUGACGACCAUCAACCAGUCCCAGCUAAGUGCUCAGCUGGGGUUGAAUAUGGGUGGAAGCAGUGUUUCCCACAACUCACCAUCUCCUCCCGGAAGCAAGUCUGCCACUCCUUCACCAUCCAGCUCAGUGCAUGAAGAUGAAGGUGACGAUGCCUCUAAGAUCAAUGGUGGAGAGAAGCGACCUGCCUCUGACCUGGGGAAAAAGCCAAAAACUCCAAAAAAGAAGAAGAAGAAGGAUCCUAAUGAGCCCCAGAAGCCUGUGUCUGCUUAUGCGUUAUUCUUCCGGGAUACUCAGGCUGCCAUCAAGGGCCAAAAUCCAAAUGCUACCUUUGGUGAAGUCUCUAAAAUUGUGGCGUCAAUGUGGGAUGGCCUAGGAGAAGAGCAAAAACAGGUCUAUAAAAAGAAAACCGAGGCUGCAAAGAAGGAGUACCUGAAGCAACUAGCAGCAUACAGAGCCAGCCUUGUAUCCAAGAGCUACAGUGAACCGGUUGAUGUUAAGACAUCGCAACCUCCUCAGCUGAUCAACUCAAAGCCGUCCGUGUUCCAUGGGCCCAACCAGGCCCACUCAGCUCUGUACCUGAGCUCCCACUAUCACCAGCAGCCAGGGAUGAAUCCUCACCUCACUGCCAUGCACGCCAGCCUCCCCAGGAGCAUAGCACCCAAGCCGAAUAACCAAAUGCCAGUGACUGUCUCUAUAGCAAACAUGGCAGUGUCCCCGCCCCCUCCUCUCCAGAUCAGCCCCCCUCUUCACCAGCAUCUCAACAUGCAGCCGCACCAGCCACUCAGCAUGCAGCAGCCCCUUGGGAACCAGCUCCCCCUGCAGGUCCAGUCUGCCUUACACUCUCCUACCAUGCAGCAGGGAUUUACUCUUCAGCCUGACUAUCAGACUAUAAUCAAUCCUACAUCUACAGCUGCACAAGUUGUCACCCAAGCAAUGGAAUACGUGCGUUCUGGGUGCAGAAAUCCUCCCGCACAGCCCGUGGACUGGAAUAACGACUACUGCAGUAGUGGGGGCAUGCAGAGGGACAAAGCGCUGUACCUUACCUGAAAAUCCGAACACCUCUUAAUUCCACUGAGGAAUUCAGGGAAGUCUUUUCACCGUGGAUUGCUUUGUACAGUCAAGGCGGUUCUCCAUUUUAUUAGAAAAUACAAGUUGCUAAGCACUUAGGACCAUUUGAGCUUGUGGGUCACCCACUCUGGACGAAAUAGUCAUGCUUCUUUAUUAUUUUUUAAAUCCUUUAUGGACAUUGUUUUUCUUCUUCCCUGAAGGAAAUUUGGACCAUUCAGAUUUUAUGUUGUUUUUUUGCUGUGAAGUGCUGCGCUAUAGUAACUGCCUUAGCAACUGUAGAUGUCUCGGAUAAAAGUCCUGGAUUUUCCAUUGGUUUUCAUAAUGGGUGUUUAUAUGAAACUACUAAAGACUUUUUAAAUGGCUUGAUGUAGCAGUCAUAGCAAGUUUGUAAAUAGCAUCUAUGUCACACUCUCCUAGAGUAUAAAAUGUGAAUGUUUUUGUAGCUAAAUUGUAAUUCGAAACUGGUUCAUUCCAGUUUAUUGAUUUCACAAUAGGGGUUAAAUUGGCAAACAUUCAUAUUUUUACUUCAUUUUUAAGACAACUAAUAGUUCUAUAUUUUCAAAAGGUUUGGAAAAAAAAGUAUUCCCAAAUGAUUUUAAUUUAACAACAAAUUGGCUUUGUCUCAUAGUUCAGACCAAAAAAAAAUUAAUUUCAAGGGAAGCGCAAACACAUUUAUUUUGUACUGCAGAAAAAUUGCUUUUUUGUAUCACUUUUUGUGUAAUGGUUAGUAAUUGUCAUUUAAGUCCUUUUAUGUAUAAAACUGCCAAAUGCUUACCUGGUAUUUUAUUAGAUGCAGAAACAGAUUGGAAACAGCUAAAUUAUAACCUUUACAUAUGGCUCUGUAUUAUUGUUUCUUCAUACUGUGUCUGUAUUUAAUCUUUUUUUAUGGAACUGUUGCGCCUAUUUAUGAAAUAAUAAAUAUAGGUGUUUGUAAGUAAA